CUGCAGUCUCGCAAUCAACAUUCUCUCUUUCAUCCAAAAACAAGCUAUAAAUUGAACAGCUAUGGCUUGUUGGUCUGCAGAAAAUGCCACUAAGGCCUAUCUCAGCACUUUAAAAAUGGGUCAAAAGGCGAAGGAACCAGACGUGGCUGAGUUCAUAUCAGCACUAGCAGCAGGAAACAACGCACAAACAAUGGUCGUUGCCUGCGCCGGCGCAGCCGGAUCCACCGCACUAGCCUUGGUGGCCGCUGCAAACCAAACCGGCGGCCAAGUUAUCUGCAUUGUAAACAGCCAUCAAAAUCUAAAAGCCUCCAAAACCGCAUUGGGUACCGCGGCACAACGAGUCGAAUUCAUGGUUGGAGAAGCACAAGAACUAAUGGUAAACCACACUUUUGAUUCAGCUGAUUUUCUGCUUAUAGAUUGCAACCUUGAUAGCCACGAAGAAAUCCUCAAGAAAGUGCAUGGAAAUAAUAACAAUGGAACAGUAGUUGUUGUUGGAUACAAUGCAUUUAGUUGCAACGGGUCUUCUUGGUUUGGUUCAAGGACUACUCAAUUGCUUCCAAUUGGUGAAGGACUUUUGGUAACUAAAUUUGGAAUUGGAUCCAAUGUGAUUAAUAGUCCUAAGUAUGGUGGAGGAAACAGAGUAAUGAGCAGGGCUAACAGUAACAAGAGCCGUUGGGUUGUUAAGGUUGAUAAAUGCACAGGGGAGGAACAUGUUUUCAGGGUCAGAUUUCCACCACAAGGAAAAGUCAUUCAUGCUUAAACAAAGAAAAAAAAAACAAAAAACAUGCUUUGUGUUUUAAUUUGGUUUUUUUAUUUUGGACACACAAAAAUGGAGUGCUGAAUUCUUUUUGCUUCUUGUUGAGAGACACAACUCAUCAUCACAAGAAGUUAUUGGCCCUAUUUCAAGAUGUAUAUAGAAAAUCAUAUCAUAUUAUCAUGACAUUGUUAUGUGAUCUUUAUUUUUAUUUUU